CUUACAUGUAAUUGCAUGCCACUGAAGCCAGCCACGGCUUAUAACCUACCUAGUGCCUACAAGAAUACCUACCAAAGAACUUACAAGAAAGUCUACAAAUGCGGUUUCGGGGAUUCGAACCCGGACCUUCUUGCCUCAAGGCCGGGCCCACCCCCGUAACCACUAGGCCACCGCGCGCUUGCGCAACAGCAUGUGAUUUUUUCGCCUACACAUACUAACUGUCAUUACAAUACUGCAUUAUAUACAGUGUAAAUGCCUUAUAGCCAUGUACUGUGAACUUGGACACUUAUUAUCUUCUUUGUUAACUUAUGCUAGCAACCACAAAGGAUUCUUGUGAAGUUUAAAAGUUCCUGGGUACUCUCUCUAGAAGGCUCUUAAAGGUUUCUUCUGCUAAUGUUGGUAUUAUAACCUUGAAAAGUUAAAAACUGAAAAGGAAAGGAACUCUCUGUGUUGCGUGGGAGCAUACUGGGUUGCCGUGGGAGAGCUAUUCCCACGUGGGUGUACAUCUAUGAUCUCUGAUAAUGGAGGAAGAAGAAGCUCUCGAUGAUUCCUCUCCUCACGGAGCUGCUCAUCCACUAGUCAUAGCCAGGAAUAGUCUGGAGGGUCAGUUUAAAAGCUUAGACGUUGAUGGAACCAGUUUCAACUCUAUAUUCGAGGCGGACCCUGAAACUUGUGUCCGCUCUCUGGAUGACCCCUGGCAAGCUACUGCUCUGAAGAAGAGGCUCAGGACUGCCGAGAAGGACUGGAUUAAAAGCUUCUUGGACGCAGGAGGAUUGGAGGCGCUGUGGACUAUGCUAGACUCGUGUAUCCCUAAUGAAGAAGGCGUGAUAAUAGGAGAUGCCCAACAGCAAGGCCUGCUAAGAUGUGUUGAAUGCAUUAGGACUCUCCUCUCCUCACCAGAUGCUCUAGACACGCUGGUUAUUGGAGCCACACCAAACAAAUAUAUCGAGAGGCUUUUAAAAGUAAUGCACCUGCCAAUGUCAGUGGAUAGUGCGUUCAUUAAGAUAUAUUGCCUACUCAUUCUCAGUGCUAUAUCGAGACACUCAGAUGAAGGAUUCAGAGCUACCAUUAAAGCAUUUGACAAUCACAAGAUUCAGUAUCAGCUGCGUCACAGGUUCAGCCUGUUAGUGUACGAGUUGAGGAGUCCCCUAUCUCCACCGGAGUAUCAAGCAAUGAUAAUGGCCUUCAUUAAUUACCUCAUUGCAUCUUGUGAUGACAUCACUGAGAGAUUUCAGCUAAGGAGUGCUUUCAAUGCUCUGCAGCUACCAGAUAUCAUACAAGAGAUAUGCGACACAAGUGAGCUGCCUCCGUCCUUACUCCAACAGUUAAAGAUCUAUCACCUGAAACAAGAGAAGGAUAACAGCUUGGCUGAAAUUCCAGGUGGUGUUGAUCUUAAUAAUCACAAUGAUGUCUACAGAGUUGUAUUUGAAAAGUUCUUCAAUACUGAGCAUUCUGGUUCAUUCCUUGGUGUACUCCAGAAGCUCCUUAUAUUAGAGAGGGACUCACCGCGGACUGGAGCAGUCUUCCAGUCUUUGGAGAGCUUUCUUGACAGGGCACUUGCCAUGACUGACCCAGUGCAAGUGGAAAGGGCUCGCAGGGUGACUGUGGAAGAGCUUAAGAAAGCUAUUGAAAAUGAAGAAAAACGUAAAAAAGAAAAGACUCCUCCCAUUGCCCCAAAAAAUUCAAAAUCUCCUGAAGCUUCUCCAUCUUCAGCUCCUCCUCCUCCUACUCCUGAAGCCCCUCCCCCUCCUCCUGCCCCUGGAGCCCCUCCCCCUCCUCCUGCCCCUGGAGCCCCUCCCCCUCCUCCUGUCCCUGGAGCCCCUCCCCCUCCUCCUGCCCCUGGAGUCCCUCCCCCUCCUCCUGCCCCUGGAGCCCCUCCCCCUCCUCCUGCCCCUGGAGCCCCUCCCCCUCCCCCUCCUCCUGCCCCUGGAGCCCCUCCUCCUCCUGGUAUUCAAUCAGAUUCAAGUUCUAAAUUUUGGGGUGUUGCUAAGGUCGUUUUGAGUUUGUUUCAAAAAGCAAGACAAAUGAAACCGUCAGUCAAAAUGAAAAGGGUCAACUGGAAAAAGGUGCCAGAGAAAGUAGCAAGGGACAGCAAGGCACUGUGGCACAUUGAAGAUAGCAUUAAGUUUCCAUUUGAUGUUGAUAUUAUCAAGGAAAGCGUUGAAAAGUUCUUUCAUAAUGAAUUCAAGACCAUAACACUGGAAGAAAAGGAUGGGCCCAAACAAGUUGAAUUAGAUCAGCAAACUCAAAUGAAUGUCAGUAUCAUACUCAAUGACUUUAAGAGUAUUUCUACUAUCCUUAUUUGUGAAAUGAUUGAAGUUGGACUCUCUCAUCCACAGCAGAAGCUUGCUGCUCAUCAUUUCGAUACAAUAGAGAAAGCAUUAACAAAGAAAGAAGCUCAGACUCUAAGUGAGUUUGAUGGUGAAGAGGAGUCACUGGGGAAAUCCGAGAGAUUCAUAUACAGGAUCUCUCAGAUCCCAUGGUGUCUUUUUAGAGUCAAAGUCAUGAAAUUCCAGUUAACGUUUGAUGAGUCGAUACAGCACUUAUCUCAACUUCUGGACCUGAUUAAGCUUGGACUUGAUGAGUUAGUAAAAUCAGAAUCACUAAGAGAAGUCUUCUUUACUAUUCUACUUAUUGGAAACAUCAUAAAUGGAAACAAUAAUCAAGGGAAAGCGUUUGGAUUCACCAUUCCAUCCCUGGAACAGUUCACUGCCCUUGUGGCCAAUGUCAAUACCAAAGGAACCAACUUCAUACAUUACCUUGUUACUGUUAUAGAGAAUUAUUUGCCUCAUUUACUUGAUUUCCCUUCAGAGAUGCCCCAUCUUCAAGAGCUGAGCCGUAUACCAUUUAAAGAUGUUGAGAAAGAGGUUAGUCUCCUCAGAGAGGAACUCAAUGGAUAUAAAGCAAAUCUUGAAGAUGGUGGACCUCCUGAUGACCUUGCUGAGCAAAUGACAGUAUUCAUUCCUAAUGCCGACAAUGUUCUACGUAAACUUGAAACCAAAGUCGAGUCAGUGAGGACCAAAACCUCUUCUGUCUCUGAGUAUUUCUGUGAUGAGAGGCCAGACUUUAUUAACAAGGUUUUUGAGGAGUUGUGGAAUUUUGUUGAAGUGUUUCAGAAGUGUAUAAAAGAUGUCUCACAGACUAAACCCAUUCCAUCAUUAACUGCUCCAAAAGAGCCGGAGCCUAUCAAAUCUAUACCGGAGGAGGCCGAACCAACACACACCAAGGCUGCCAUCAACGCUAUUACUCAGGACGACUUUGACAUUAUCACUCCAACAAGCCAGCCUCAUCAUGUUCAUUUGUAUUCUCCUCCCUCGUUUAGACUCGAGUCUCUUGGCGAAGACGAUGAAUACGAGGAGCAGCAACCAAAAACCCUCUCUCACUCCAUGACGCAGCCAGGGUACCUUAACCCACUUGGUGCUACUGGCCCAGUAGGGUAUAGCAGAUUGCUAAGUGUUGGUGCACCUAGAUCAUUGAAACGCAAACAAGCGUCACUUGGUGAUGUUCCUCACGGGCAGGGACCUGGUGGAUUCUACCGCUCUAUAUCGGUCCAACCUCUUGCUAAAUUUAAUACCAUAUAUGGUAGCAAUAAACACGAUUUGGAGAAAGUGCUCUUUAGAAUGGCCGACGCCAUAAAGAAGGAUUUACAAUUGCAAUGAGCAAGUUAUAUAUGGAACUAAAUUUGAGUCUAUCUAUUAGUUUUUAUAAUCGCAUGAAAAUUUUCUAAGUUAUAUGAUUAUUUCUUUCAUUUUUAUAUUUCAACACUAUAGUUUCAAACUUAAUGCCUUAGAUUCGUGUACUCGUGACUUGGGAUGUAUAAUGAUGUAUUGUUUUCAUAUGACUAGGUGGAGAAA